AAACAGAAUAUGAAUGUAGCAACAACCGUCAGCGUGAACAACAGCGCGAACGAAUCCGUCGACCCGGAAAACAUCAUCCCCCGCAUCGCCCUCAGCGGCUGGCUUGGCAUCGUGGGCGUUGUUGGAUUCUUCGGAAACCUCCUCAUCGUCAGCGUGGUCGUCAUUUACCCGAAACUCCGCACGAUCACCAAUGUUUAUGUGACAAGCUUGGCGAUGGCGGACAUGAUGACGUGUCUCACGAUCCCGUUCACGAUUGUCGGCGUGGUGUCGACCACGGGUUGGCCGUUGUCGGACGCGGCCUGCGUUCUCGUCGCCGUCGUCUCAUUCGUUUGCACGGGAUCCAGUGUUUGGCAUUUGGCCAUCAUCGGAUUCAACCGCAUGGUCCUGAUUACGAUGACGUCAUCAAGAUAUCGAAAGAUCUUUUCAAAGUCGCACGUGUUGAUUUUUCUGCUUGUCACAUGGUUUAUCCCACUGAGCGUGAUCCUGGUGCCUUAUCUUGGGGGUUUCACCCGUCUAGGAUAUUCCGAUGGACCGCACACCUGUUCAGACAUUGAAGAAAACGAAGAUGGCUCGGAGAAUCUAAUCCACACCUACCUGCAGGCAACGUUCUUGACGUGUUUCCCACUCGCCCUCGUUCUCUUCUUCUACUUCCACAUCUUCAUCUUCAUUCGCAAGCAUGAAAGGAACAAGAACACAUGGAAGACCAAUUCAUUAACCAGAGAAAGUGUCCCUCCAUCGUUUUGGCAAAAAUUGGCAGCCGACACUGCGGGGACAAGUCAGUCCAUGACUCCGAUAGGAUCGAACGAUGCUGCAGUACCAGGAGCCAGUUCUGUCAAGGAGACCGCACAGACGCUCUCUACGUCAGGAAAUAAUAAGGUCCAUCCCACCGCUGCCACCAAAAACAACAGUCGAAACUCGCUUGAGUACAAGAUCACCAAGAAUGCCUUCUACGUGGUCCUUGGUUUCCUCCUGUGUGUGAUUCCCUACGGUAUUUGUAUCCUAGGUGGGUACGGACCAGGUGGUACGCCGUUGGCGUUGGCCUUUCUUCUCUUCAACAGUUGCCUUAACCCCCUUAUCUAUGGAACCAAGCAUCCGCAGUUCAGAUCUUCUCUGGGAAAGCUGUGUAGAGGGCGCUUCACCGGACCGCUCUUCACGUCGCAUGCCGUUGGUCCUGUCGAUCACUGACAUUACUGAUAUCAAUUUAUGCAGUCGAUGGGCUUAAAGUGAUCAUUUCACUUUGUUCUUAUUUAAAAAAUUCUCCUUUUGGUUCCUGAAAAUGGGCUAAACAUUAGGCUUAUAGUGUAAAAAUACCAUCCCAAAAGUUUCAAAGUAUUAUAUUUACAGGAUCAAUUUUAAAACCUUGGAGAUGUAAACCAAAGUUUGAAAUGAUUGGGAGUUGGUUUCAAUGACUAUGUGUAUACAGGGAAUCUGUGCACCACAACACAUUAAUUCUAGAUGAACACAGCAUGACCUACAUACAUUGUGUACAAGGUAUACACUGAAUGUACAGUGCAGUUAAUAGUGUGUGUAUAGGAGAUACACACAACAGAAGGCAGUCAAAAUAGCCAACGGACUUUUUGAAUUGGAGAAAACUGGUCAUAAGCUGAACCCGUCUACUAGACGGUUCUCAAAUCAGGCUAAUAAAUUGCUACUUGUAUCUAAAUUAGAGUUUUUCAUCCUAUAUUGUGGUCUGUUUCAGGGUUUUUGAGGACAAAUACAGGCACUCAUACGCACGUUUCAACUCAGUUUGAGAAUUUUUUUAAUCAGCUGCUCACAAAGUUAAACGAUCCCUUUAAAGACUGAUGAAUAUUGGAUAAAUGACCUGAUAUUCUUCUGUCCAAUGGCUGAACUUUUCGUAUGUGUCGAUUGUGAAAGUUCCAAACAGUAUGGAUGCAUGACCCCACUACAUCACAUCUUAUCAAAUGCACAUGAAGAUAAGAGGAAACUAGAUGCUCAUCCCCUUCCCCCCGCGCGCACACGUGCACACACCCUCACGAAUAAACACAAUGGCCCGUAUUCUGAACUCGGGUUUGAAUUAAACAUUGGUUCAAAAUUGUGGUAUAAUUAUGGAGAGCAAAUUGGGGCACAAAUCCCUAACAGAACACGAUCAAUUUAUUAACUCACAUGAUACCCAAAUUGUUCAUAAUUGUCUGGGAAUGAUAACUGAAGUGUUUUUCCUACCUAUGAAAGCAAAAUAAAACAAAAUAGUAAACAUAAAAAAUAUACAUACAAACAUAAUUUUUUAAUUUUUGGCUCCCCAUAAUUCUAGCAGAGUUAGACUGCGGUCUAACUUAAACCUGACUUCAGUAUAUGGGCCUAUGAAUUAAGUAACUGCCUUUUACGCAUUUUCAUACGCAUAACCGACGUGCCUGUUGAUAUAAAGUAGUUUUUCGUAAUAGUUUUGUUAUAUGAUGCAGAAUAUUGUGAGAUAUAUGCACUCAUGGUGUAAUUGCAAAUCAAUAAUAAAAACAAUUGAU